GCUAGCUGUCAAUCGAGUGCUCGCAGCGCCGGGGAUCUGCGCCGAGGUGAUAAUGUGGACGGUUCCCCGGGGUCAGAGCGCUGCACUGCCGAGGGCGACUUCCACUCGCACCGCCCCUUCAAGUUCAAUACUUCGCUUAAUCCGGCCUCGCCUGUGAGAGAGACUGAGCCCUCGAAUAUCUGUCACUCGUCUCGGUUAUUUCUCCUUGAAACUACUUGCUGAUGACGUCACGGUGAUCAGAAGAAAGCGCUGUUCAUAACCUGAUGCUACCUGCAGUCUAACGGUGACUCAACAAGGUCUCACCAUGUACUUGUCCACAGUAGGAGCCUUCGCCCUGGUGUUGCUGCUGACUUUGGCUGAUGGCGUGAGAGGGAAGGAGCAGAGGACCAAGAGAACGUCUGUGCCUCAGAUAGACUGCGACAUCAGAGCGGGCAAGGUGAAGGUGUCGGAGUUUGUGGCGCGCUGCCCGCCAGGCUGCCUGGGCACGAAGCAGGCGGUGUGGGGCACGGAGAUCUAUGCUUCUGUUUCCAGCGUGUGUGUCGCUGCCAUUCACAGCGGUGUCAUCAGAAACAGAGGAGGAAAGAUCCACGUUCGGAAGGUGCCCAACAGCUCCAGCUACAAGGGGACCUUUUCCAACGGCGUUCGCUCCUUGUCCCUCCCCAGGUGGAAAGAUUCCUUCAUUGUGUCGGCUCCCAAGCUACAGAAAGGAGUAACCUACCCAUCCAUCCUCGAGUUCCUGCCUCCAAGAAGCUCCAGACUAAGAACCGGGAGGCUGAAGACCACCAAGGCGCCGGCUCCCACCGCUGCCCAGCCGACCACCACCCAGCCCAACACCCAGCGGCCUGUGACAACCCGGCCGCCAGCUCCACUGGAAACCCACACAACCCACCCACCCUGGCCAAGGGACAUUGCUCGACAGUCGGCCCCCCACCGGCCAUCCCUGCUGGGCGGUGUGGAACCAGCUCUCCGGGAAUCAGGAGUGGCCGAAUUCACCGACAGGAGCAACCCUCUGCCGCACGCAGGGGUCCAUCGGUGGGAGCCAGCCAUCGCGGUGCAACGAGCGGGAGGCGUGGGUCCCAUUCACGGUUUCAGCAGACAGGCUCAUUUGGCGCGGCCCCGUUCGGACUGGCUGAUCCCUCCUGUAAACCCACGAGUUGACAGCUCUGAGUUGGCCACCAACCCUGCUUACACCUGGACUGACGAGAAGACCCCCAACAACCCAGCUUACAGCUCUACUCCUGGGCUCUCUGACUACCAGAAGUGGAUCCUGGGCCUCGGUGUGGGCACUCACAAUCAGAGAGCUCAGGAUCCAGGUACAUGGACAUUUGACUCUUCAGACCAUGAUCACAACAACGAUGAAACAGAAAUUAAUUUCUGGAAGUCGGGUUUUGACACCAGAGGUUUCAGCACAAGAAAUCAAGAAUUUGUCGAGGAGCCAACUUCCCGAGGAGAUCCAAAUUGCAAGGUGGACCUUGCGUUCCUGGUGGACGGGAGCUGGAGUAUAGGAAGACGAAGAUUUGGAAUUCAGAAGAAGUUCUUGAUGAGUGUGGCAGACACCCUUGAUGUUGGAAUUGAGGGUCCACUCAUCGGCAUUGUUCAGUUUGGGAGUAAUGCUCGUGUUGAGUUUAACCUCCACGUCUACCACAACUCCCGUGAUCUUAAAAAGGCCAUUGAGAAGAUUCCACAGAAAGGUGGCCUCUCCAAUGUAGGCCGAGCCCUCAAUCACACCAUCGGCAACUUCUUCACCAGCGAGCAGGGUAACCGUGGGGGAGCCCCCAACGUGGUGGUGGUCCUGGUUGAUGGGUGGCCCACAGACAAGGUCGGAGAAACUGCCCGCCUCGCCAGGGAGUCCGGCAUCAAUAUCUUCUUCAUCACUGUGGAAGGGGCUGAUGAAAACGAACAGCAGAACAUGGUGGAGAAGGACUUUGUGGACAAGUCCGUUUGCAGGACCAAUGGGUACUUCUCCAUCCACGUGCCCAGCUGGUUCCAGCUGCAGCGGGUGGUAGUUCCGCUGGUCGGGCGGGUGUGUGACACUGAGCGGCUGGCCUGCAGCAAAACUUGCCUCAACUCUGCCGACAUUGGCUUUGUGGUGGACGGCUCGAGCAGCGUGGGCACCGGCAACUUCCGCACCGUUCUGGAGUUUGUGGCCAACAUCAGCCAGGAGUUCGAGAUCUCUGAAACGGCCACCCGGGUGGGGGUGGUGCAGUAUACGUACGAGCAGCGGCUGGAGUUCGGUUUUGGGGAGCACAACACCAGGGAGUCAGUGGUGGGCGCCGUCAGGAACGUCAGGUACUGGAGCGGUGGCACAAGCACAGGGGCAGCCAUCACCUUCGCUUCCAAACAUCUCUUCAGCAAGUCCAAACCCAACAAAAGAAAACUGAUGAUUGUCAUCACUGAUGGUCGAUCGUACGACGAUGUUCGGACCCCUGCACUUACUGCCCACGGGAAUGGUGUGAUCGCGUAUGCAGUCGGGAUUGCCUGGGCUGCGAUGGAUGAGCUGGAAUACAUUGCCAGCGACCCCGACAAGGACCACUCUUUCUUUGUUGACGAUUUCAACAGCCUGUAUCAAUUUGUGCCCCAGAUCGUGCACAAUAUUUGCCAGGAAUUCAACUCACAGCCACGCAACUAAGCGAACCUUGUCGUGGGCUGCCAGACUCCAGCUGCUCAGCUACACUUACCAUUUUAAAAAAAGGCAAGCUUCAAAUUGUCCAGCCUAUGGAGUAGACUUCGUUACAUGUCUUCCAAGUUUUCUUGCUGACACCAAUCUUUCUAAAGGCAUGUAGCUGCAGAACAGGAUGAUCUUCUGAAGUACAACCAUGUGAGGCACAUCCACAUGUGGGCAGGAGGGUACUUGUGGCUUCACUUGAUGUUACCAGUGGAAACCAUCCUUCAGAUUUGGUGGCCACGAUCCCAAAAUCUGUGAAGAUCCUCCAUUCUGGAGGCCCAGCUGUGGCAGUGAGGGAGCACUGGAUGGCCCACUUCCCUCUCCUGGAUCCCCCGGGGAAUGGGAGGAGUGGGGCAUUCAUUUUCCAUUACAGGCACCUGAGUCUGGGUGAGUCAGCUGCAACAACUUAUGAAGUCCAGCAGUGGGGGAAAGAACCAAAAUGACCCAGAGAUUUUCCCCUCUCCUUAAGGAAUAACCAAGUACAGGAAAGGUAUUACACACAAAAUACUGGAGGAAUUCAGCAGGUCAGGCAGCAUCAAUGGAAGGGAAUAAUUUGGCAUUUCGGACCAAGACUUCAUGGGUCUUGGCCUGAAAUGUUGGCUCUUUAUUUCUCUCUAUAGAUGCUGCCCGAUCCGCUGAGUUCUGCCAGCAUUCUGUGUGUGCUACUCUGGAUUUCUAGCAUCUGCAGAGUCUCGUGUUACAUUUAGGGUAUCAAAGCUCUCAGAAUUCUCUUCUGCCAGGUUGCUCUGGCAUGUGGAAGGGGGUGCAGUGGAAGACAAACGACGGAAUUCACACCCACAACAUCCUCAAAUGGCAUCUAAGAUGGGCAAAGUAAGUUUUUAGAAAAUCCAUGUGCUGACAUUCCACAUUAUGUUGGGAAUAUCAAGAUGGAAUCCCAGUGUAACCAGACACUGAGGCAUUGACCCAGAGAUCUCUGCACACUUAAUGUAUACAACUGAAGAGUCACUGUCAAUGUUUCGAUGAUACUUUGACAUCCAAUCACACUGUGGUGGAAGUGAAAAGUCCAGUGGUGGUUUUAUUGAAGGAAAGCUCAUGUCCUGGUUAGUAAUCACCCUCUUCUCAUAACUUUCUUUAAAUUGGAGAUUGCUGCUACUUUUUUCCCACAUUACACUUUGACUCAGUGGAGUGGUGAUGGGAUGUUCACAGCUCCAGUAACCCAGGUUCAACCUUGACCUCCAGUGCUAUGGGUGCAGAAUUUGCACAUUCUCCCUGUGACUGCUUUCCAUUCAUGUAAUUAAUUGGCUAUAUUAAAUUGCUUCCAGUGUCAGCUAGAAAAUCAGGAGCAGUUGUUUAUGGAAAGGUGAGAGGGAAAAUUGGGAUCAGUGCAGAUGAAUGCUUGGUGUUUGGCACGGACACCAAGGGACCCAUUUUGGUACUAGAACAUAGAAACAGUACAGCACAGGAAUAGGCCCUUUGGCCCAUAAUUCCCCUCACAUUCCUGUGCCCAUCUAAAUGUCACUUAAAAUCCCUAAGGUAUCUGCCUCUACCAACACCCAGGGUAGCACAGAACAGGCACCCACCACUCUCUGUGUAAAAAAAACUUGUCCUUCACAUCUCCUUUGAACUUAACUCCUAGUUGUGAAGCAAAGUCAAGAAAACAUAGUUGUUUGGGAUUAAAUUUAUAGAAUUGUUUAAAAUUAAAAAAAAACUGGUUGACUAAUCUCACUGGGGAAAGGAACCUCCCAAACCAGUAUUAAAAUUGGCUUUAAAUCCCGGAACUCUGUGUCCUGUACCAGUAUGAGAGCAUCUUCACCAGAAGCACUACGAUAAUGCAAAGUGGAGCCUUACCAUCAUAAUUCAGGAUGGACAAUAAAAUGCAGGCCCUGUCACAAAUUACUACAUGCCAAAAAUAAUUUUAAAACAUCCUUGAACUGACCCUACCUGACCAGCGUCAUGUAGCAAGUCCUCUCCAUGGAUGCUGCCUGACCCCGAGUUCCACCAGCGUUUGUGUAUGUUGCUCAAGAUUUCCGGCAUCUGCAGAAUCUUAUACCAUGGACACAGGAGCAGAAUUAGGGUAUUCGGCCCAUUGUGGCUGCUCCACCAUUCCAUCAUGGUUGAUUUAUUAUCCCUCUCAACCCCAUCCUCCUGCCUUCGCCCUGUAACUUUUGACGCCCUUAUAACAAAGAGCCUAUCAAUCUCUGCUUUAAAUAUACUCAAUGACUUAGCCUCCACAGCUGUCAAAGGCAAUGAAUUCCACAGAUUCACCACACUCUGGCUAUAGAAAUUUUUCCUCAUCUGUUUUAAAUGGGUGUGAAUUUGAAGCUACAGUUCAAGAGCUGCUGUGAAUAUGUACAGUUAUUAUAUUUACUAAAAUGAAAUGUUGGAUAUAUGCAAAGUAAUUAUAGAGGCACAGUGGUCAAGGUGAGGUGAAAAAACAUGUACAUUUUCACUAGACCUUGAGUGUGACUCCUACACAAUUCCCUAACCAAAUAAAUGUUAUGGGUAUCUCAACUCCGUGGUGUAUAUUUGUUGAGCAAAAAUCAGGAAAAUAUUAAAAGGCACCAUGGGGUUGUAUUCCAAAUACACUGGAGAAAAGAUUGCAGUGAAAUAACUGACAUGGUCAUAAUGGGCUGAAUAGCCUCCCUCUGUACUACAACCAUUCUACGAUUUUAUGUCAAUAAAGAUGAGCUUUGUCAGAUGUACAUCGAAAUACAGUGAAAUGUGUUGUUUGCAUUAAUGACCUACAAAGUGUGCUGAGGACAGCCCACAAAUGUCACUACACUUCCAGUGCCAACACAGCAUGCCCACAACGUACUAACCCUAACAUGUAGGCCUUUGAAAUGUGUGAAGAAACAGUAGCACCCAGAGGAAACCAACAGUCAUGGGGAGCAUAUGCAAACCCAUUACUGAUAACAGCAGGAAUUAAACACGAAUCGAUCAAUUGCUGGCACUCAAAUCAAUCAAUGCCACCAUACAGGUCAUUGAUUGAAUACCCUGAAGUGAAUGGUUCACCACCUGUAAUCCCCAAACUUCUCCUCUAUCUACAAAACACCAGCCAGGAGUAUGACAUAAUAUUUUCUAUUUACCAGGUUAAACAAGUCUCAAGUGGCUUCACACCAGUUGGGGCAAAGCAGCCCAUUAACUGACUCUCCACCCGUCACCCAAAACGUAAACUCCUAUCA